AUGUCCGACACCCCAUUGUUCAAGCCGGAAAAGGACCACUCAAAGGAAGCAGACAAAAUAUUACCAGAAGCGAUAGCCUUGGCCCAGAAAGAUGUCCAGAAAGGCAUAGACAAAAUUCUCUUGCUCGAGAAGCAGGCCCGACAGUCCUCAGAUCUUGCCACAACAUCAAGAUGUUUAGAAACAGUCGUCAAAAUCUGCAAAGACGCCGGCGACUGGAGUUUGCUGAACGAACAAGUCCUCCUACUCUCCAAGAAACAUGGUCAACUCAAGCAAGCCAUUACCAAAAUGGUUCAAAUUGUCAUGGGCUUUCUCGAUGACACCCCCUCCUUAGACACAAAGCUCAGCGUCAUCGAGGCACUGAGGACGGUGACUGAGGGCAAGAUCUUUGUCGAAGUUGAACGCGCGCGGAUCACACGGAUCUUAUCAAACAUCAAAAAGGAGCAAGGAGAUAUCAAGGCCGCUACAGACAUCCUUACCGAGCUACAAGUCGAAACAUUUGGUUCAAUGAGCAGGAGAGAGAAAACAGAGUUCAUCCUUGAGCAGGUGGCUUUGUGUAUACAGAAUGAUGAUUGGGUGCAAGCCGGCAUCCUCAGCCGCAAGAUCACCACCCGUUACUUCGCACGAAAACCCAAAAAGACCCCCGAGCAGAUCGAGAAGGAUAAGAAGGCACGCGAAGAGAAGGAGAAAUCUCGCUCGGCAGACGAUCCACCAGUCGAGAAAGAUGACGAUGUGACCGACUUGAAGUUGAGAUAUUACGAGCAACAAAUAACUCUAGCCAAGCAUGAGGACAAGUACCUUGAAGUCUGUAAGCAUUAUCGACAAGUCCUGGACACCGAGUCUGUGGAGAACAACCCCGAACAGUUACAUGCAGUCCUCCAGAGAGUCAUCUACUUCGUCCUCCUUGCACCAUACGACAACGAACAAUCCGACCUCCUCCACCGGGUACAUCAAGACAGUCGAAAUGCCGAAGUCCCCAAGGAUGCUGCUCUUCUCAAACAAUUCACCAUCCCCGAGUUGAUGCGUUGGCCAAUGGUGGAGGAACAAUACGGAGAACAUCUCACCGGCACAGACAUCUUCUCCAAGACCGCCGACUCCAAAGACCCCAAAGCACACACUCGAUACGAAGCCCUCCGACACCGAGUCAUCGAGCACAAUGUUCGUGUUGUGGCCAAAUAUUACACACGAAUCACAUUCCCACGCCUGACCGAGCUCCUCGAUCUCUCGGAAGAAGAAACCGAGAAGUACAUUUCAGAUUUGGUGACCAAGAAGACGGUAUAUGCAAGAAUCGACCGACCUGCGAGAGUGGUCAGCUUCGAGGUGAAGCGUGGACCAGACGAGGUACUGGACGAAUGGGGCAGCAGCAUGAAGGGCCUACUUGGCUUGCUGGAACGUGUUGGCCAUCUCAUGCAGCGAGAAGAGAUGAUGGCGCGCAUCCAGCCUGGCACCAAGGACGAUGGCCGCAAAGCUGCCAAGGCAUGA